GAAACUCAGCUUCGUCGGUAGGAUCAUUAAAAGUUCAGGAUUUGGAAAUUUUCAAGCAAAGCUUAUCGUUUGAUUUGUUCUGUUCUGCUUUGUUGAUUUGUUAAGAAUGGCUUCAGAUCAUGAAAGGUCGCAGGCUGGUAAGGAGGCAGAAGAGAGAAGAGAAAAAGCUUCCGAGAAUUUGGAGUCUGCAAAAUCGAGCGCCCGUGCUGCUACUGAAGCAAGCAAAGAUUCGGCCUCUGGUCUCCUUGGCGGCAUCAAGGAGAGCACCAUAUCCGUCCUCAAGUCGGCUCAAGAAAAAAUCGACUAUGCCAGGGGCGCUACUACUGAAAAGACUAGGGAGUACAAGGAUUCUGCGGCUGAAAAAGCUCGAGAAGUCAAGGACUCUACUCUGGGGAAAGCCGGAGAGUAUAAAGAUACUGCUGCUCAGAAGGCAAAGGAAAGUAAAGAUGUAACCCUGGGAAAGGCUGAGGAGUAUAAGGAUACUGUUGCAGAGAAGGCAAGGGAAGCAAAAGACAAAUCUUUAGGUAAAACUCAGGAGUAUAAAGAUACUGCUGCUGAGAAGGCAAGGGAAGCGAAAGACAAAACUUUAGGUAAAACUCAGGAGUAUAAGGAUACUGGUGCUGAGAAAGCAAGGGAGGGCAAAGAUACAACUUUAGGUAAAACCUACGAGUAUAAAGAUACUGCUGCUGAGAAGGCUAGGGAAGUUGCGCAGGAAAGUAAGGAGAAGGCCAAAGAAUAUGAGGAGUACACUGCUCAGAAGGCUCGGGAGGCUAAAGAGGCUGCUAAGGAGAAAUUGGGGGAAACAACGGAAGCUACUCGGGAGAAGAUGGAGCAGCUUCGAGUGAAAGGAGAAGAAAGCAAGGAAAGUGCCAAAGAUCUAUCCAGAGAAGAAGCAGGCAGGGCUCAAGAAUCUAAGGGCGGUCUCCUUGAUAAGACGGGGCAGGCUUUGACGGGCUUGAAAGACAGUAUCUUUGGUGGCACAAAAGAAAGCACUGAGCAGGCCCAAGAGAAGGCAAGAGAGACGUUUGAAGGCCAUAAAGAAAAGAAUGCAGAGAAUGUUCUGCGUGAAAUGCAGCAGAAAACAGAGAGAGCAGAAACGGGCACGGCUAAGGCACAGGAACAUCUUGAGGAAAGCAAAGGAAUUCUGAGAUCCAUUGCAGAUUCAGUCAAGGGCGUGGUUGGAGGGGGUAAUAGUAAACCAUCGGAUCGGCAGCCUGAGCAAGGAAAGCUCUGAAACACUAUUUAAAUGGAUGUGUGAAUAAUUAUAAAAUAAUAAUAGUUGGCCAUUCAUGGCGCUUAUAAACUAUGAAAGGUGUUGUCUUUUUUUGUUUUAGUUGGACGAGAGAGUUUGGUUGUAAUUCACUCUCUCUUUCCAUCUGCGUUUUCUAGGAUUUGGAAUAAAAUAUAUCUAUGUAGGGUACAGUUUUAAGUUGUUUUGUGA